AUGCAGCGCAGUGUGAACCGGGCAGAGGGCGAUAAUGAUACUCAUGAAAUGGACGACGAUCCUUAUCUUACAGCAUUAAUACAAGAAGGCGAAGAUCGUCUGGAAUACGAGCAGCACGCGCGUGAACGACGGCACGCUACAAACACGCGCUGGAGACUAUUCAUGAUGGCCGUCAUGUUCUUGAGCCAAGUGUUUGUGGAGCUAGGGAGACGCUGUUUGCAGUGUCUACAGCGUCAUCUAUUGCGGUGUAUCUCGUUUCGAUGGCUCGUAUGGAUGUGUUCUUGUAAGAGGAUAGGCACGCUACGUUUGCUGCUGACACUGGGACUGGCGUUUGUGCUGCCUUGUAUCGUGCUUACUAUCGGACGCUUGCAUUUUUCUUCUGGUCGAGGAGCAAAAACGAGGUGA